GAGUACAUCACUGGUUUCCACAUUAAUUACACAUGUAUUAAGAAAAUAUGUCUAACAAAAUAAAUGCAAUUGGUUUUAAAGAUCUCAGUGUAAGUGUCAAUAAAUGUAUGAAAUCACCAAAAAGUAUAUUAAAACAACUUAAUGGUUGCUUUGAUUUCGGGACAAUCACUGGACUAAUGGGAGCGUCGGGAUCGGGAAAGACAACACUAAUUAAAUGUUUGAAUGCAAGCACUAAGUAUGUAAUCACUGAUGACUCUCGAGUUUAUUGUAGUGAAAGUCAACCAAUAGUUAAGCGAUUCAUAAGUCAAGACCAAAACGAUCGGCUCAUUGAUGGACUCACAGUUGGAGAAGCACUCAGUUAUUCGUCAAAAGUUAAUAAUAGUAACUAUAAAGGUGUCAAACAUGAAGAAAAUAUAACACAACUGAUGACACAAUUGUUGAUCAAUGAUAUCAAUGACACGACAAUUGAGAAGUGCAGUGGAGGUCAACGCAAACGUAUAGCCAUUGCAUUACAGUUGACAUCAAUUGAAAAACCAAACUUACUGUUCAUGGAUGAGCCCACCACUGGUCUCGACUCUAAUGCAGCUUUUGAGCUAAUGAAAUGUUUGCAAAUUUUGUCGAAAACACAUAACAUUGCAAUUAUUGUUAGCAUACAUCAGCCAAACAAUGAUUUGUUUAAAAUGUUUGACAAUAUCUAUGUGUUGGCCAAAGGAGGACAUACUAUAUAUGAUGGAAGUCCUCAACAAAUGAAACAUUAUUUGACUGAUUGUGGGAUAGAUUUGAAUGAAAAUGAAGUUCCCAUUGAAGUGAUGCUUAAAAUAUCGUCUGAAGGCAUAAACUCGUCAAACGCUAUAAAACUAUUGGAAAAAGUCAAACAAAUCAAUGAAAACAAAAAUCUAGAUUUUUUCAAUCAUAUGAAACAAUUACCUAAUGGAUGCAUUCAAUCGACACACAAAUCAUUUAAUUUCAGUGACUUUUGGUAUAUAUUUGAACGAUCAUUGAAACUAACAUUUUGUAGACAAUCGACUAAAUUAUUAAAACAGUUGUUACUGUUUGCUUUGAUUAACAUAUUUUAUGGAUCGGUAUUUAAUGAACGUAUUAGUGAAGUGACCGGUUGUCUGAAUGAUGACACCAAUCAAACCUGUAUUGAAUGGCAAUCGGAUAAAUCAAUUCUUACACAAAGUCUAAACUAUAUAGAGUUUUCUCGAGUCAUAUCAUUUGCAAUACAUUUAGCUAUAAUGACAACAAGUUUUUCAUCGGAAUUCAUAAUAUUUAAUACAGAAUAUAAAAACAAUUGGUACGGUUCGGGUGUAUAUUUCUGGUCCCGAUUUAUAGUUGAUUGUCUGAUAACUGUAAUCUACUCGACAAUACAGAUGUCUAUAGUGUUAUAUUAUUAUCAACCGAUGAUAACUGUGAACAACUAUUUCUGGCUGUUGGCUGCGAUACUAUUGACACUGUUAUGUAAUCAGACUAUCGGCUCAAUGAUUGGCAUUAUAUUUAGUAAAAACAAUAUAAUAGCCUUUACGUUAUCAAUGUUUAUACUGAGCUUAUUUAUGACUUUUGACAGUUAUAUAAUAUCCUAUGACGAUAUGUCGUACUUAUAUCAAAUAAUCAGUGAUAUAUCAUAUUUUUCUUAUACAUUCAAAAUGACAUUAAUUGCAAUGUAUGGCUGGGAUCGCAAAUCAACUACUAUUUUAAAUAAUAUUAGUGGAAGUAUUGAAAGUCAGUCCUUAACUGCAAUUAUGGGACCGUCGGGUGCCGGCAAAACAACACUAUUAAAAUGCUUGACUGCAAACUAUGGCAAUCAUUUAUCAGAUAAUAGUUUUAUCGGACUUACUGUCAAACAGACACUACUUUAUGCGUCAAAACUAAAAAAUUCACGAAUUGUUGGACAGUUAGAUCACAAUAAAAUAGUCAACGAUUUAAUGUCGGAAUUUCUUAUCAGUGAUAUCGCCGAUAAUUGUGUCACCAAUUGUAGUGGUGGUGAACGCAAACGUAUAGUAAUAGCCAGUGAACUGACUUCACAAAUAAAACCAAAUCUUUUAAUUAUUGAUGAACCGACCUCUGGUUUGGACAGUAAUGCAGCGAUAAAUAUUAUACAUUGUUUGAGAUCGCUUUCCCGUAAUCAUUAUAUGACUAUCAUUGUUAGCAUACAUCAGCCAAACAACGAAUUAUUCAAUAUAUUUGACAACAUUUAUGUGUUGGCCAAAGGAGGACAUGCUAUAUACGAGGGAAGUCCUCAAAAUUUAAAACAAAUAAUGAUUGAGAAUAAUAUUGAUUUCAAGGAUAAUGAAGUACCGAUUGAAGUACUGUUGAAAAUUGCUUCCGAAGUUAACGACAACGAAAUUGUGCUAAAUUUAUCGGCAAAACACAAAUCCAAACAAAACACAUUAAAACAUAUUAUAAUCGAUGAAAAUUUGAAGACUAGUGAUCACACAAAUCAAUUCCUGACAAAACGUUUUUCAAUUAAAGAUUUAUAUACAUUAUUAAAACGAUUUAUGUGGUACUCAUAUAUAACAAACUGUAUGAUUUCGGUAGUCUUAUUGGUUGUAAUCAAACUGCUGACCAAAUCCGAGAUGAAGUACUAA